UUUACACUCUUCUUUCGCAAAAACAAACAAAAAUUUCACACUCCUGCUCAAAGAAGAGAGCGCAAGCGAAAAUCCGAGUUUUGUGGAGAUUGAGGGAAGCAUUUCAAUUGUUCAAUUGUUCAAUUGUUCAAUUGUUCAAUUGUUCAAUCAAUCAAUCAAUCGUCAGUUUAGAAUAUCCAGACAUUUUCUGAAUUGAAACCCUAGAAAUUUGAAAUUCGGAGUGGAGAGAUCACGAAUCUCUCCUGAGCAAAUCAAUGGCGAUUCGGAGAACAACGUUGAAUCUGUUGUUUCUCGCUUGCAUUUUAUCUUACACCGUUUUCUCCAUUGCAGCGAAGAGUUAUUAUGACAUAUUGCAAGUGCCGAAAGGAGCUUCAGAUGAUCAGAUCAAACGAGCUUACAGGAAACUCGCGUUGAAGUAUCAUCCUGACAAGAAUCAAGGCAAUGAGGAGGCCACCAAGAAAUUUGCCGAGAUUAAUAAUGCUUAUGAAAUUUUGACAGAUAGUGAGAAGAGGAAUGUAUAUGAUAGGUACGGAGAGGAGGGUCUUAAACAAUAUGCCGCAAGUGGCGGAAGCCGUGGUGGUGGUGGUGGUGGGUUCCAGGACGUAUUCAGCCAAUUCUUUGGAGGAGGCAUGGAGGAAGAGGAAGAGAAAGUAUUGAAAGGGGAUGAUGUGAUUGUAGAAUUAGAAGCAUCAUUGGAAGAUCUGUACAUGGGAGGCACAAUGAAGGUGUGGAGGGAGAAAAAUGUCAUAAAGCCGGCAUCAGGAAAAAGAGACUGCAAUUGUCGUAAUGAGGUCUAUCAUCGCCAAAUAGGUCCAGGAAUGUACCAGCAGAUAACGGAGCAGGUUUGCGACAAGUGUCCAAAUGUAAAAUAUGAACGCGAAGGUUAUUCUUUAACAGUAGAUAUCGAGAAAGGGAUGAAAGACGGAGAGGAGAUUCUUUUCUAUGAAGACGGCGAGCCCAAAAUAGACGGAGAAGCAGGAGAUUUGAAGUUCCGUAUCCGUACAGCGCCCCAUGAUGUAUUCAAUAGAGAUGGCAAUGACUUGCGUACAACUGUUACAAUAACUCUGGUUCAAGCUCUUGUUGGAUUUGAGAAGACAAUUAAACACCUUGAUGAACACUUGGUCGACAUCAGCUCAAAGAGUAUUACUAAACCCAAGGAAGUGAGGAAGUUUAAAGGAGAAGGAAUGCCAUUACAUUUGAGCAACAAGAAAGGGGAUCUCUAUGUCACAUUCGAAGUCUUGUUUCCAACUUCAUUAACAGAAGAACAGAAGAUCAAAGUCAAAGAAAUUCUUGGUUAGAUUGUUGGAAUUUUUUGUUCUGUCAAAAGACGUUCUAAUGUGUCCACUGUAACAUGAACCUUCUUACCUUAGAUUUCAUGUGCUUUACCUUAUUCUUCUUAAAAUUUUCCUUCUCGGUCUUUAAAAAAAAAAUAUGAACUAGAUUUAGGGUUUUCUUUGUAUUGCAUUUGCAAAUGUCCUGUAUUUGUAAGGGGCUUCUGCUGAGGUUACAAAAAAGCACCAUUAUUGGGAUAAUUUAGGAUUAUUACAUGAUUAAUAUAGCAUUAUAUUUUUUUGGA